AUCCCGACGCGUCCGAUCGAGGAUCUUCCCUCCUGGAGGACUCGCCUGACGUUGAUAAUGGUUCCGGCACGUCACCAUCACCAAUGGAAGUUACCGAAUAUACUCCCGUACCCAGCCCUGAACCCUCUUCCCCUGCACUCCCUCCCCUUCCACCACCACAACCACCCACCUAUCCCCUUGUUCCCCGUCGGCAUGGGUGCUGGCCCCGUACAAGGACCGCUCGUACAACAUCGGCUACGCUUAUUCCCAGCGCCAGCGCCCCACAACAACGGCCUCCCCACGAUCCCUCCGGUUCUGCACCUCCCGCUCCCCCCCCCCCGCGGUUCCCGCAGAGGAGCCCCUGGUCGACGACCGUUCAGU